AUGGCCUUCAAACUAAAUGCAUUGGUCAUAACAGCUGAAAUUGUGUUGGUGGCUUACAUUCUUCUAGACAUAUAUGCUUCAAUAUUUGUUGACUUGAACAGCACCGCAAUUCCUGAAGAAAGAGUUAUCCGAUUAAAUUCAACAAACGAAGAUCCAAAGCUCGUCAAGGUCGGAAUGUUCGCGGUCGAUGAAUACAAUAAGAUGAAAAGAAGCAAUCUGAAAUUCCAGAGUGAGAUCAAGGCUAUGUUUUCACAAUCUAGCUACAUUUUGUUGAUCGAUGUGACUCAUGAAACUUUUUCGAUGUCCAAAAGGUACGUUACCAUUGUUCACCCACACGGGGAUCGAAUGAGUCUAAUGGCAUUCGAGGAGUAUUCGGAAUCAGAUAUCUGA